AGGGACACAACGUCACGAGUACGCCACAGUUGGACGAGAUGCGGCCUAGAUUCUUUGACGGGACAGCAACUCUCACCGUAGGAGGCCAAGUGGUUCUCAUUCCCACGCCGAGCGCGGACCCCAGAGAUCCUCUAAACCUACCAAAAUGGCACAAACAACUCAUCGUAGGCAUCAUUGUCCUGUCGAAAUCACUUGGCUUACACGAGAAACCCGCAGACGCAAUAUCCGGUCUAUGCCUCAUCACCGCAUUAUCUGCUCUCAUCGUGUUCAUCAUGCCCGACUACCAACGUGAUGGAAUCACGCCGGAUCAGAUCUCAAAUCUUUUCACGUUUCCGAACCUCUUCCUUGGUCUCGGAAACCUCGUGUCGAUGCCAAUCGCCGUAGCCGUUGGCCGUCGCCCCGUCAUCUUGGCAUCCAACGUGCUGCUCUUCCUCGCCGCUGUCCUCUGCGCAACGAACCGCAAUUACUACUGGCAUCUAGGUGGGCGCAUGGUCGCAGCGUUUGCUGCAGCUCAGUGUCAAGCUUUGGCUCUGCUUAUUAUGCAGGAUAUCUACUUCCUUCAUCAGCGGGCACGCGUCUUCCAGAUAUACGCCUCUGCCGAGGUCCUUCUCAACUCCAGUCUGGUAAUCGCAUCCUCCUACAUGGCCGAUGCCCUAGGCUGGAGAUCGUGGUACUGGCUCUUCGCAGGCCUCUCGGGCCUAUCCAUGAUUCUCACCUUCUUCUUCGUCCCCGAGACCGCCUACGACCGUCCCAUCGAGGCUUUCAUGGGAAGCCACCCUACCGACAGGAGCAACCUCUUACCAGCAAGGCCCGCCGCCGACUUGGAACACUACAAGGAACGGACUUUCACCUCGAACUUGCGCAUCUUUGUGUACAAACCCACCUGGUCCCGCUGCUGGCUCUGCCUAAAGCAAAUCGGCCAAGUCUUUCUCUUCCCACACGUCCUCUGGGUCGCCAUCAACAACGGCCUCUUCCAAGGCAUUGACGUCUCGAUCCAAAUGACGUACGCAGAAGUCCUCGUCAAACCCCCCUACAACUGGGCCAACACGUCGGUGUCCCUCAUCCAGUUGGGCCAAGUCUUCAUCGCGCUGCUCUGCGUGCCGCUCAUUGGGUGGCUGAGCGACUACGUCAUCCGCUCCUCCGCGCGUCGCAACCACGGCGUUCACGAGCCGGAGAAGAGACUCAUCGCGUGGAUCCUCCCCAUGGUGACGGCUCUGGUCCUGACGGUCCUGUACGGGUACGUGCUGAAGAACCCGGAGCAGUAUCACUGGAUGGCCAUCGUCUCCGUCGUCGACGGAUACCUCAUUGUGUUGAUGGGCGUCAGCACGGUCGGGACGGCGUAUCUUAUCGACAGCCACCCGAGCUUCGCGGGCGCCAUUCUCGUUGCGCUGCCGGUGACGCGUGGGCUAGUUGGCUUUGGGCUGAGCAAGCACACGACGACGUAUAUUGCCAACAUUGGGCCUGUCAAAACGUUUGGUAUAUAUGCGGCUGUGAGUGCGGCGUUCUGCUUGCUAGGAGUUAUACUGUUCUUCAAAGGGAAGAAAGUGAGAAGACUGUGUGCUCAGAUGACGCAGUGA